AUGGUAACUGGGGCCAGCUCGGCCGACUGGGAGAAUGAACUGGAUUAUGGGAGCUGGAACUACAGAGAGGGAGCUGACAGUGUGAAUGUGGCCUCAGUGCGCAGUGUGACCCGCGUGUUGGACGCCUGGGGAAAACGCAUCUUCAACGAGAUCAAGACUAUGCUGCACUCACAGCCCAGUGCACUGUUACCAGACUACUCCAGGGUGCGCCCUCUGUCCGAGUCCGUGAACGACCUGUUCAGAGAAGUCUCCCUGCUGCACCGGCGCAUCACCGAGCUCUCCCAUCGCCUAGCAACACUGGAGCCCUUCCUCCGUCACCACGGCUACCGGGAGGCGGGGGUGGAGGGGGGCGGUCGGGCCCUGGCACCGGCCCCCGAGGGCCUGAGAGGGGGGGUGGCGAGCCUGGGCCGCGGCACCCCGAGGACCACGAUGAGGGGAAGCCCCCCGAGGGGGAGCCGGGUGGUGAGGAGGAGACGGGUGAGGGUCCUGCAGAGCGGAGAAGUGAAGCUGAUCCAGAGCGACAGAUAG